CAAAUUAUUUAUUAAAAAAUGUUAUCCAAUUCUCUGCUCUGCCUCCUACUCGUUAUAGUUAGUGCCUUAGCCAUUACACCAGAAUUAUCAAAUGCUGCUACUGACCAAAGCCAAAAUGACCAGGCUUCUUCUCCAGAUUCAGCAUCCAACACAAUAACCUACCAUGGAGGCCCUCUUUUAACAAACAAGAGUGGCAUCAAUGUCUAUAUUUUAUGGUAUGGAGAAUUCUCUGCAGAAGACAGAACAACCAUAACAGAUUUCUUUGCUUCUUUUGAUAACAAAGAAGUCAAACAAGAACCAAGUGUCUCCACAUGGUGGAAAACAAUCGAUUCUUACAAAGACAAAGAUAAAAACCCAGUUUCUGCCAUUUUUAAACUCACUAAACAAGUUGACGAUGCAUAUUCUCUAGGCAAGAGCAUUAAACGAGAAGGAACAAGUGAGAUUGUAAUCGAUCAAAUAAACAAGAAAACGUUACCAGUUGAUGCUGAUGGCAUGUACUUAGUUUUGACCGCUAGUGACGUGACUGUGGAUGGAUUUUGCAGAGGUUCUUGUGGUUUUCAUGGAACUCUUCAGAUUGACAAGGCUAAAAUAGUUUACGCACAUGUGGGCGACGCGUCAAAUCAGUGCCCUGGUUUGUGUGCAUGGCCUUAUGCAUUACCGGAUUUUGGUCCGCCUGGACAGAAGCCAUUAAUGGCGCCAAAUGGAUUAGGAGGUGAUGGGUUGAUAAUGAAUAUUGCAACUGUAAUUGCAGGAGCUGCUACUAAUCCUUAUAAGAAUGGGUAUUAUCAAGGUGAUAUUAAAGCGCCAUUGGAAGCUGUUAGUGCUUGUCCUGGAAUUUUUGGUGCUGGUGCUUAUCCAGGAAAUCCUGGAAAGUUGAUUGUGGAUGAAGCUAGUAAUGCUAGUUUUAAUGCUUAUGGUGCUAAUAAUAAGAAAUUCCUCCUUCCUGCAAUUUGGGACUUAAAUAGCAACACAUGUAAGGCCGUUAACGCUGCUCCUGCUUGAUUUUAGAAUUUAUUCACUGCAACAGAAGAUAUUGAAGGUUAUUGGUUUAAUUAAAUCAAAGUUAUGUAGAAACUGUUAAGAUUAGCUAUUGAAAGUUUGCAGAUUGCCUUAGUGGGAUGUAAUUUCUAUUUCUUUACCUUUCUCCCUAUUUCCGUUUUGAUUUUUCAACUUUGAAAAAUUUAUCGAGUUCUUAUGUUAACAGA